AUGUCACAACAACAUAAAGAUGAUGAUUACGAUGGCACAAAGGGAUUAGAAAUGGCAAAUAUCAUUAUAUUGGAGGGUAAUAUCAGUGCAGGAAAGACCUAUCUUUGCAACAAACUUGGCGAGUUAUUAAACUACAAAGUAUUCCUUGAACCAACAACUACCAACCCAUUUCUAGAACAAUUCUACAAAGAACCUUCAAAAUAUGCAUUGGAAAUGCAAUUAUGGUUACUCAACCAAAGGUAUCACACUUAUAAAGCUGCUUUGACUUAUUGCUCCAAUAAUAUAGGUAAUAAUAAUAAUACUAGUAACAAUAAUAUAGAUAUAGAUAAUAUAGAUAUAGAUAAUAUAGAAAUAGAUAAUAUAGACAAACAAGAACAAUCCAACCAAAAAGCCUCUGCUGGUGUUAUAUUAGAUCGAUCUGUAUUCAGUGAUUGGGUGUUUGCAGAGAACUGUAGAAGGGAAGGAUUGAUAUCUUCCGAAGGAUUUUCUAAAUAUUCAGAUAAAAGGAAACAAUUAAUAUCAACCAUUGAAAUACCUCACACAACAAUCUAUCUCUCAGUAGAGCCAUCCGAAUGCCAAAGAAGAAUACAAUCACUGAGAAAAAGGGAAUGCGAGCAAUCCAUCCCAUUGUCCUAUUUAGAAGGAUUGGAUUCAUGUUACCAAGUUUUUUUAGAUGAAAUGAAGCAAAGAGGAUCAAAGGUUUUGGUUGUAGAUUGGAAUCGUUUUGGUGAUGCUUCCGAUUUGAUCAAACAAUUGGGAAUUUCCUCUGACAAUGGCAAGCUCAAAUACAAAUCAAUCAAGAAUAUUAAUGGUGACGGCGAUGAUGAUGAUUUUCAAGAUCGAAAUAAAAGUGAAUUAGAUUUCUUGAAACUUGAGAAUCACAGAUCCACCAUCUCCAUAACAAAUAAUCAACAAUAA